CCAGCUCACUCGAGCAUCUGAGGACCGGCCGAUCUGGUGCUGUCUCAGAAGCCGUGGUGCUGAAAGUGCAGAGCGGUCAUGUGGUCAGUUUUUUUCCUGUUUCUGUCUUACGUAGACGGAGACUUUGCUAAAGGCGAACUUUCUGCUUUAGACGCGGAAAAAGAGAGCCACGUUUCAUACUUUCUGCACAAUACGACUCCGUGUGCGGACACUUCGGGGUGCCAUGUUGGGCUGAGUCCUCAGAAAGCCGACGAUGGGAAAUCUAUGGGUGUAGGACGAGAGACUGAAGACAGGAGAUACCCUGCAAGCGACAGACACACUUUGCGGAGAUCCAAGCGGGGCUUCACUUAUCCCGGGACUCUGUGGUGUGGAGCAGGAAACAUCGCCGAUAACUACGAUCAACUAGGAGAGUUUGCUGAGACGGAUGAAUGCUGUCGUACGCAUGACCACUGUCCCCAUGUCAUUCACUCAUUUUCUUCUAAAUAUGGCUUCACCAACUUUAAGUGGCAUUCCAUUUCACACUGUGACUGCGACGAUGAAAUGAAGCGGUGUCUGAGAGCGGUUAAUGACACUUCAUCACGGGUGGUUGGCCAGGCUUUCUUUAACGUGAUUGAAGCUCCCUGUUUUGAAUUCUCCCUUGAGGAGCAAUGUGUUGAGCGGCACUGGUACGGAGUGUGUAAGAGAUAUGACAAAGUGCCUAUUGCUGUGAUUAGAGACUCAGUGCCCUACGAUUUUGGUGACAUUGAAGUUAUCGAUGUGUUGACCAUAGCACCUUCUAAGACAAAAUUAUCUGAGAUAGAUGAAGGCAAGCAAGAAGAAAUUCAGAAGUCGGAAAGCACCUCAAGCACCUCAGGAUCCAAAAACCCUGCAACAGAAGAGCCUUCACUUACAAAUGUUGUCACAGCAGCUGAGGACUUCAUCAAAGUACUUGCUACAGUUUCCACUUCACAAAGCUCAUCAAAUGAUGGUGGAAACACAGGUGAAACACAGGACUCAGAUAAGAAGAGGAAGAAGAAUGCAGGCAAAAAGAAAAAAGACUCAAAGAAGAGAAGAGGAAAGGGGAAGGGGAAAAAGAGAAAACAAAACACAGGCAGGGUUCUAAAAGCCAAUGGGAAUGUCACCGGGGCUCCUUCUGCCAACAGAGCAGAGGACAUCAUCAACAAGAACAAUUUUGUGGAGGACUCUGGGAAUUUUGACUGGGUCAGCAAGACCGACAACUUCAUGAACAGCAAAUUCAGUUCUGUGGGAGAUUUUCAGUACUCCAAUAAGAUGAUGAGGGAUGAGCAUCAGAAGACACCUGUCGAGAGACAAGUCAGCACCACCACUGCUGCAGAUGCAAAGCAAGAUGGCAAAAUGUUAAGACCACAAAAUCAAAUCAAGGAUAUGGAAUUUGUGCAACUCUUCUCCACAGUGUCAUUGACUAUCACCAGCAAACCUACAACUGCUAUACCAAGACAAAGAGUGCCAAAAAAGAAGCAGAGAUAUCGAACUCCAACUUUCCUCCCUGUAAAAGGCACCCUACACAAUAUGAUGACAGAUAACACCGCUGUGAGUAAAACUGAAAGCACCAGCUUAGCAGGUCUGACAAAACACACACCCAUCAGUCUACCAGGGGAGGAGGCUCCACACAACGUUGAGUCCCUGCGUGAAAAGGGAUCUGCGUUUAAUGCCACUGCACAGAAUACACCCAUUGUUGGAACCAAAAAGCUGAGGUCAAGGCAGAAAGGGGGGAGGAGGAAAAGUCGGAAGCUGUAUAGCCCUCCCUCCCCCAUAGAUCCCUUAACAACAGAAGAACCAAAAGUUCUCCCGACUGACACAACUCAGGAGCUGACUGUUAAACCAUUUCCUGAACCACAGAGGCUACAGUAUAAUGGACCAAAGAACACAGCAGAAAAACCUACAACAGGUACGUCUGGUGAAAUUCGACUUAAAACAUUAAAGGGCACUGGGGUCAGAAAGAGUGCUUGGCGACCCAAGUCCAACUUAUCCAUAAUGGAGGAUGAUAUCAAGGCAAGGCGAGAAGCCAUAGCUUCCAGUACCUCAACAGGUUCAGCUACAACUGAUCUGGCUACUCAGGCAAAGGGUGCUGAGGCAAGCAUUGGGCAGCUUUUCUCUUCUAGACUACAGACUAUCACACCAUCCAUGCUACCUCUCAAAACUAGAAAAUCCAAGAGAAGAAGAUCAAAGGAGAGAGAUGACAAGAGUAGAAGAAAAAACAAAGGCACAACAACCUUGGUUUAACUACCUGAAACAAAAUCAGUGGAAUUGUUUCUUAGUAGUUAGCCUGUGUCAUGAUGAUCAGAGUUGUUAGUACAAUAAGAAAGACAUGAUUUAAAGUAUACUGUUUUGUAAAACUCAGUGAUGGUAAACAGCACAUUUGCCAAUAUCCAACACUGUCACUAAAUAAAGCAAGUUGAAA